AUGGCGAGUGGGUACAAAUUUCUUAAGAACAGGUAUUGGAUUCUGAGACACGGUAAAAGCAUUCCAAAUGAGAAGGGUCUCAUCGUUUCAUCUAUGGAAAAUGGAACACUUAAACAAUAUGAAUUAGCUUCUGAAGGAGUUCAUCAGGCGCGCUUGGCUGGAGAACUGUUCCUUAAGGAACUCAGUGAAAUGAACUUUGGACUGGAAAAUGUUCGAAUCUGCUAUUCACCAUUUUCAAGAACCAGUCAUACUGCAACAGUGGUGGCAUCUGUGCUAAAUAUUUCACUUGAAGGUCCACAGUGCAAGGCUAUGGAGGAUCUUCGGGAGAGAUACUUUGGUCCUUCAUAUGAGCUUAUGUCUCAUGAUAAAUACCCUGAUAUAUGGGCCGUGGAUGAGAAAGAUCCCUUCAUGCGGCCUGAAGGUGGAGAAAGUGUUGCAGAUGUUGUCUCUAGACUCACGAGGGCUUUAAAUAUUAUAGAAUCAGAUUUUGAAAGAUGUGCAGUAUUGGUUGUGAGCCAUGGUGAUCCGCUCCAGAUUCUGCAAACAAUACUUAGUGCAGCCCAGAUUCACAACGAUGACUUGACAUCAAUAAUGCAGGCAAUCAGCAUUCCAUCUGUGCUGUCAGGGCAUCGCAAGUUUGCGUUACAAACUGGAGAACUUCGUCAAUUAGUAUAG